AGGUAGUCCCUGUAAAGCAUCUUUUGCUCUGCACCUCCCAUAGUUCUGAAGUCUACCCUGAGCACAAUGCUCAGCUCCAAUGACCCCCCAAAAACCCCCCAGUACUCUUGCCAUUUUGAACCUGUGAAAGGGGCGAGGAACAGGUUACAGGCAGAACCCACUCCUGCAAAAUUACAGCUACUAAAAGAGCAGAGAUGCAGCCCUGCUCCUAGGCAGGAGCAAUUUGGAGAUGACACAAAGGCUGGUGGUGUGAGACAGACAGGGAAAUGGGGACAGAUUCUAUAUUUUAAGUCUCAUUUUCUAAAAUAUCUGCGAGAAGAAAGGACCUACUGUACUUUCAGGCGUAGCUGGUGCAAUGUAAAUAGGUUCCCAAACCUUCAGCGUCUUUUGUUCUUCAGAUGGCUUGGCUGAACACUCUGAAUCCGUGUGUUUGACUGGGACUGGGUCUGUAAAUAAGUGCUCCCUGUUGCUAAGGUUCAAGUGACAUUUUUAGUGGCAUUUGACAGAUUUUUAACCUGCUUUCAAGUCUUCUACUGAGCUCUUCUAUACCCAGGCAGUGAAACUGUCAAAGUCUUGGCUUUACUCAAACUAGUGCUAAAAAUCUUUGGAUUCACAGGUUGGACACAGUCCUGCCAGACUUGUCUGAUGAAGCUUGACUGGUGCUGCUGAUGGCAAAGCCACACCUGACCUGUGUUUGUACCUAGAAGUGAUUAUCUGGGAAUUUGGGGAGAAAAACCCACCCAAAACCAGAAAGGAAAGCAGAGACUCAGCCUGGUCUGCAGGCAGGGUGGGACUGCAUCCUGCCUAAGCUGCUCCCUGAUGGGAGAUGUUGUUCUGCAAAUAGAGAACAAAUCUCUGGAACAAGAGACAAAUCAGUGGCCUGCUCUUUACUCCCUUCAAUAUUUUGUGCUUCUUACAUUUCCACUAGAAUCCCAAAGAGGUUUCUUUUGUCCAAAAGGCUGUUUGUUUGCUUUUGACCACUCAGAACUUGCGAUACUUGUCUUGAUCUAUUAACCAGGUGUCCAGCCAAAAUCAAUUGCCUAGCAGAUGCAGACCAUUACCCGAAAAGUCAAGACCUCCAUAAAUAUUACCGGCCUCAUUGUGCUGGUGACAGAUUCUGCAGGUUGUUUUAUGUUACAGUUGAACAGUUUAGACAUUGCAUUUGUAUAUAUUUGCAGCCAGCUCUGGAGGGACCAUCUCGUGAGCAGAGUGGGAGCAGGCAGCCUGCAGACUCCAGACACCUCCACCAUGACCACGGCAGGGCUUUUGGUGCUCCUCUCCUUCGCGCUUUGCUGCGUCCCAGAUACUGCCAUUGGGAUUGAGGUGGACUGCAGUACAUAUCCCAACACCACAAACGAGGAGGGCAAAGAGGUGCUGGUCUGCAGCGAGGCCGUCAGCCCCAUCUGCGGAUCCGACGGCGUCACCUACGGCAACGAGUGCCUGCUCUGUGCCUACAACGCAGAAUAUGGAACCAAUGUCAGCAAAGACCACGAUGGAGAAUGCAAGGAAGUUGCCCCUGUGGAUUGCAGCAGGUACCCCAACACAACCAGUGAGGAGGGCAAAGUGGUGCUGGUCUGCAACAGAGACAACAGCCCCGUCUGCGGGACCGACUGGGUCACCUACGACAACGAGUGCCUGCUCUGCGCCCGGAACCUAGAGGCUGGAACCAGUGUUGGCAAGAAGAAUGAUGGUGAAUGCAAGAAAGAAAUUAUCACAGUUGACUGCAGUGACUAUCCCAAACCUGUCUGCUCACUUGACUACAUGCCUCUCUGUGGCUCUGACAACACAACGUACAACAAUAAGUGUGUCUUCUGCAACGCAGUCGUGGACAGCAAUGGGACUAUCACUUUAAACCAUUUUGGAAAAUGCUGAGUAUAAGUGCCAAGAGAAUUCACCACAGGAUCCCCACUGGAAAAUCCCAGAUAAAGAUCUCACCUCAGUUCAUCUCACCCUCUGGGGAACUCAGCUCACUCCUGAUUUUCUUUCUCAAUAAACUAAAUCAGCAACA